GAAUUGCUUGAUCUGUUCUACCCCUGUACCCAUCCUCUCCCUCUCACUGUUUUGCGACCAUUCGGACGAGCCAGCCUUCAACAGCAGUUUUCUGAUGCCAGCAGGGCAAGCCACCGAACAGCGGCCACGACGCAGCAAGAGGAUCGCAAAUCGUCAACAGCAACAGCAACCUGCAGUUCGACAACAGCCACAGACCAGCACUUAGAUGGCGAUCACGCCGAACAGCGGAACAUCAUCCGAGACUUCGACAUCUAGCAAUGUCGAACCAUUGCCGAUCUGUCCUGCUCAAGGGCCGAAUGAGUCCAUCACGGACUACAUUCAGAGAGUGAAGACCUACACGGACGCACUCACCCUUGCCAAGGAACGACAAGAUGUUGCCGAAGCAGAAAAACAAUGGUUGGCAGUAGAAGCUGCAGCCCAAGCCCAGCGACAAGCUGAGGCGGAGCAGUUGGCGGUCGACAAGCUCAACGCCGACAGUGCCAACCUUUUGAUCUCUCAACACGAUCAGUGGGCAGCUGUGCUCAACGGGAUGCGUUAUGUUCCCGUAGCAGGCGCCAAGCCAACGACAGUACAGCAGGAGAGACAAAACCUGGCAGACAUUUUACUAUGCACGAUGCGUGCAGUUAUCUGGAACAGCACCAUGGGGGACCUUCAUUCCAGGUCUACACGACAGCUGCAGCAUGAUCUUAGCCAUAACGUGAAGACACUGGCAGCAACCGUCAAGGUCGCGGACUCCCAGCUGCAACAGAUGGACAGCCGCAUUGCUGCUCUGGAGGCAAGACCCUCCCAAGCAGUGUCGGGCUGCACGACAGACACGGCGAAACAGCUCAACGAGCGCAUCGACCAUGUCGUCAAUCUCAUCGGCGAACUAGGUGAUUUCACAAGUCCGGCCACGAUCAGCAGCACGGUGGCCGCCAUCAAGACGGACAUCACCAAACUGCAGAUAAGACCGGACGCCGCUACAAAGAACUACAAGAUGCCGCACUUCAACAUCAGCAAGUUUGACGACUACAACAAGACAGACGCCUUGACAUGGUGGCAAGGUUUCCUCACGGAAGCAUCCUGCCGCACUGUCCCGGCUAAAGACAUGAUGAAGGCGCUCUACCUCCAACUGAUUGGAGGAGCACAGGCAUGGAUGAACCAUCUUGCGGCUACCAUGAAAUGCACCAUUGCUGAACUCCACAAGCACAUUCCGUGGAAGGAGUUCGAGCAACUGUGGUUCACUCGAUUCAUGGUCCGCAACGUCGUGAAGGCGGCCAUGAACAAGGUUUACACGAGCUCACAAGGAAGCAUGCCAACUCGAGACUGGACGAUCAAGUGGCAGAAGAUAGUGACCACGCCACGCUUCGAUUUGAGUUUUCCAAACCAACGAUCCGAGUUCUUCUCGCGAUCGUGCGCAGGACUGCGAACGGCACUCGGCAACGAGUACGAUUAUGCCUCAUUCCAGGCUAUUCUGGAUCGCGCGAACCUAGUCAUCCAAACGGAUGACAAGGCCGCUAACGAACGGCAGUCCCAGCCGCACUAUGUGGCUAAGCAGGGCUAUCAACGACCGGCACAUAACAAUGCCGUGAUUUCUGAAGAAUCAGUCGAUCUGCACGCCGCAGCAGCAUCCUCGAGUGAUGGAGGAAUUAUCGCAGCGCUCCCGCCGAAGCGUCCAAAGAGAGUUCGGAAGAACAAGGCGACACAAGCGACGACAUCGACGGGAACUAGGCAGCAACCAUGGACGGCGUUCAACAUAACCAAGGGAGUAUUUGAUCUUUGUCAACGGUACGGAUAUUGCCUUUGGUGCAAUGGUGUCACUCACUUGACCGCACAAUGCCCCGAAAAGGGCAAGGCACGUGCAACCUGUAGUGCCUUGAUUGAUUGCGGAGCGUCUCACAACUUUAUGAGCCAAGCCUUUAUGGCCCGCGCAGGCCUUGGCCCGCGCGUUCGAAGGAAGACGCAACCUACGCAAGUUACACUCGCGGACGGCCGCACGCAAAAGUCAAUUGACCGAUGCGUCGACGACAUUCCGGUAUACUUUGCGCCACUUGCGUGCGAGCCGGUGUCUUUUGACGUCCUCGACACCAAGUUCAACAUGAUUCUAGGCAUGUCUUGGUUGCGUAGCGCCGAUCAUCCGGUGAACUUUCAUGACCGGACCGUUCACAUCCGUNUUCACAUCCGUGAUCGGAACGGAGUGUUAGUCCCAUGUACGGUCGCGACCCCUCAUACUUCGAUUGCUUGUCACGUGGUUUCCGUUGCGAGAAUUCGCGACGCCAUAGCUAGGAAUGACGUCGAGGAGAUGGGCCUUGUAUUCUUGCAUGCUCUCCCCUCGCCGGACGGACCAGCCGCGUCACCGCCGGACCCACGCAUCUCUCACCUCUUGGACGAGUAUGGAGACGUCUUCGAGGCUCCCACCGGAACGGUUCCGGACCGGCGCAUACGUCACGGGAUCACCCUCGAGACUGGCGUUGUCCCUCCACGUGGAUGCAUUUACCGCAUGAGCGAAGAGGAACUCGAGGUGCUUCGCGCACAACUCAACGACCUCCUUGACAAGGGCUGGAUUCGCCCUAGUUGUUCGCCUUACGGUGCCCCUGUUCUCUUCGUCCGAAAGAAGAACAAAGAUCUACGGUUAUGCAUUGAUUAUAGAAAACUUAACGCACAAACCGUAAAGAACGCCGGCCCUCUCCCUCGGAUUGAUGAUCUCCUUGAGCGGUUAGGCGGCGCAACGUACUUCUCAAAGUUGGACUUGAAGUCGGGUUACCACCAGAUUGAAGUCCAGCCUCAAGAUCGGUACAAAACCGCGUUCAAGACGUGGUACGGGCACUUUGAGUGGGUUGUCAUGCCAUUUGGCCUCACCAAUGCCCCCGCGACUUUCCAAGCAGCUAUGAUGACUGAGUUUCGCGACUUGCUCAAUCGCAGCGUCCUCAUCUACCUCGAUGACAUCUUGGUUUAUAGUAGGACGUUGGACAAGCACAUCGUACAUCUUCGCGCUGUUUUGGAUCGUUUGCGACUAGCCAAGUACAAAGCGAACCUCGACAAGUGCAUUCGUCCCUUAGCGGACAAGAUCCAAACCAUCGCGGAUUGGCCGGAACCCCGUUGCACGACGGACGUACGCUCUUUCAUGGGUUUGGCUGGCUAUUAUCAGCGAUUCGUCGAGUCAUACUCGAAAGUGGCCGCUCCUUUGUCGAGACUUCAGUCCCCAAAGGUGCCCUUCGAGUUCGACGAUGCAGCCCGUGGCGCGUUCACUACGUUGAAGGCAGCGAUGCAAGCCGCACCUGCCCUCCGUAUAUACGACCCCACCCUUCCCACCCAAGUGACUACGAACGCUUCGGGAUACGGUAUUGGUGCGGUGUUGGAACAGUGUCACGAGGACGGUUGGCAUCCGGUCGAGUAUUUCUCCCAAAAGGUGUCUCUCGUCAACACUCUCGACGACGCUAGGAAGAAAGAGCUACUCACAUUCGUCACCGUUCUCAAACGGUGGCGCCACUUUCUUCUCGGUCGUCAGUGUUUUAAAUGGAAUACGGACAACAAUCCGUUGACCUUCUAUAAAACGCAGGAUAUGGUCACUAGCACGAUCGGUCGAUGGAUGUAUUACAUCGACCAGGUCGACUUUGACCCGUGCCACAUUCCCGGUCCCGCCAAUCAAGCUGCGGACGCCCUCUCACGACGGCCCGAUUUUUGUGUCAUUGUGACCACGACAUUCGACCUCGAUGACGAUCUGCAGCCGCACUUCGUCAAAGGCUACAAGUCCGAUCCGACUUACUCUACGCUUUACGCGGAGCUUUCAUCGGAUCACCCACCGGCUAGCGAUUAUCGGAUUUCCGACGGGUUCCUUCUCCUUCACACGAGAGGAAAGGACUUGUUAGUUGUGCCCCAAGAUCGCAUCUUACGGACUCGUCUUCUCGGCGAAUUCCACGACGCACGACUUUCGGCACACCUUGGCGUAAACCGCACAUUAGCACGCCUCGGCCAACGUUUUCACUGGCCCGGCGUCCUUCAUGACGUCACGAGGUACAUUGAGUCAUGUGCAGUUUGCCACCAUAACAAGGGUCGAUCUCGAGUCCCCUUCGGCGAACUAAAACCGUUGCCGAUUCCUCGGGCACCGCGCCUCUCCAUUGCUAUGGACGUGACAGGCCCGUUCCCCCGCGAUYGCCUCGGCCAUGACGGUAUUCUCACGGUCGUUGACCAUUUGAGCAACAUGGCAGACAUCUCAUCCGCACAAUGGAAGGUCAUGCUGGACGCAGCGGCCGAGAGUGAAAAACCGUUGUUUCAUAAACUUUAUGAGGACGCAAUACACAAAGAGAGGGAGGUAGAGGCAGCAGCGAAAGCCACAAGUAUUGCUACACAAGUGGCCCUCCUCGAGGUUCUGGAAUCUAGUGAUGGUCGGUUCAGAGAGAAGCUAGUUGCUGCUGUAGCAACGUUGGUUCAACCGCGGACCGUGGAAGACCUUGUGUCUCGUGUGACAGCUCUAGAGCAUCGGAACCAAGAGCUGCAGGCGGAGAUCGUCAGCUUGAAACAAGCCCAACUGGCUGCCCCUCGUCCUCCUAAUCCUCGUCCUGCUGCAGUCCCAGUCUCUCACCCUAACACAGUCCUCAUGCAGAGAGCAGGUGAAACUGUGACGAGCGCAGGAACCGGUGCCAACUUCUCAAGCGGCAGUGCCAACAGUUCUGCACUGGUCCCAAUCCCAAAUGCAGGAACAUCAACCCAAAACGCCGCAGUUCUUACUGGCGUACAAUAUGGUGGUCCCAUGGUGGACAAGAGGGCGGCCACACUGCCAUCCAAGUACGACGGGAAGGGGUACAUCACCUCUUGGAUCAGCGCCAUGCUCUCAUACUUCGAGAUCAUGCGAACACCGCAGGAAGACCGAAGCAUGAUCAUGGGCACAAAUAUAGAACCCGCCGUACGGAGUUUCAUGGAAGUCCAAGUUGUUACUGCAGGUUAUGAGAGGAUUGACCUGACUGAGUGGCUGAAAUUAACUCCUAUACGUACUCUUGACGACCUCCUCAUCGCGCAAUAUCAAGAUAAGCACGCUGCGCUCAAGGCAAGGCAAGAACUUGAGGCCCUCAAGGGUCAAAAGUGGAGGACUUCCAUGCAGGUUUUGGAGCAGCACUUGACUGGUCUGUUCACCACUCCAAACCUAGGAUGGACUGACGUGUCUUGCAUGGAUGUAGUAAUGGGAGUGGCCCCUGAAGACUGUCUCCCGACUAGGACUCAAGGACCAUACGACCUGGCGUGAGCUAAUAACGGAUAUAGUCAACCUAGAAGCCAAUGACCUCGC